AUGAAGUUCCUCGCCGGCAUCCUCUUCUUCGCUGCUGCCUCCAUGGCCACUUCAGGACCUGCUCCGGGUGAUGACGACUACGGAAACAAUGGCCAAUGCCAGUCUGUCGGAAAACGUUGCAACUACAGCAUUUAUCCAGCGCUCGCUUGCUGUCCCCAGCUCAAGUGCUAUAUUCCUCCAGGAUCCCCUCCUGGUGCUUAUGGCUACUGCCGCAAGAACUAG